CUCAGUCUGUUGACAAUCGUGUACCAUACGACACAUAUUAAUCGUUUACUCCGCUUUCAAAUAUUUUUACCAAUACACUCAGUCUGUUUACAAAUCGUUUACUCCGUUUUAAAAUAUUAAUCGUUUACUCCGUUUUAAAAUAUUAAUCGUUUACUCCGUUUUAAAAUAUUUCUACCAACAAAUAUGGCUGGCUCAAUCGCUGACAAUGCAAAAGUGUACUCCAAGGUUUUCAAAUAUGUACCACCGACGCCACCUGCACAUCUUAUGAACUCAACCAACUUUACUUUACAUUUCAACAACCGCAAGUUCAUCCAUAUCGGAAUCGAUCCAACAGAUAAGUUUAAUGUACGUGUUCAUAUAAUAACUUCUUCAAGGUAUGUGAAUAUCUCUCCAGAUUUGUUAAGACGCGUAUUCUCGAUGAUGGGACAUAUCCUUUCGUUUAUAUUAGACCAGACAGUAAAAUAUAAACGAACCCUAUUUCUCGAGUCAGAUAUUCUAAAAUUAUCGAGUAUGGUGUAUUCCGGAGAAAAUGUAUUAGUAAUAGAAACAAAAAAUCAAGAAGGUUGUCGAAUACUUUUGAAUCGCGCUGAUCUGUUGCAAAUGCAAGAACUAGAAUGGUGUAUUUUUGAUAGUAUCAAUCAAAAAUGUACAAUUACUCGACCGAAAAUUCUAAAUCAUAUCGAUGAAUUUGGUGCGUAUAUAAAAGAAAUUACUGCUACAGCACCACCGGAAAAUGUUGAAGAGAUGAUAAAUGUCAUAAAAAAUGUGAAAGUCUAUCAAAACAUACCAAUGAAGCGUAUCUAUGCCAAUCAAGUCAAAAUGUUCGCCGCCGUACAAUUAGCAGAAAUUUGUGAAACUCGGAGGAAUGCAAAAGACAUGGAUGAGUUAAAUGAAAAUCUGUCAAUGAUGUCUCCAAUUUCGCCGUUAUCACCAAGAUUUUCACCAAUAAACAUGGAGCCUUAUACUCAAACAAACAUGGAGCCUUAUACCCAAACAUUUGAUAUGAUUAAUCACGCUGAUGAUAAGUCGGAUAAUGCUAAUAAUGGGUUCGAUCAAAAUGACGGGCCAGAUUUUUUCGACACAACACCAACAUCAUCAUCGACAUACACUCAUUAUCCCGCAACAGUGCGUAAAACAAAGCGUCGACUUUUUUAAUAAUUGUAUGAAAUAAUUUAUGUGAAAAUAAAAAAAAAACAUGAUAUAUUAAAAAAAAAAUUAUUUUUAUUUAUUAAAUUAAUAUUAAGGUUUACAAUAAAUAUUUACAAGAUUAUUUAAUAUUGAAAAAAAAAUAUUUACAAGGUUCUCACUUCUCCAUUAAAUGGAUUAUAAGUUAUAAUUUGAUCGUGUAAUAUUAAACAAUAAGCUGAAGUGGAAGCGGGAAAAGCUACAUCGGUUUCAAUUUCAAUCCUGAGAUCGACAGUUGGUGUUUUUAUGUUAUCGUUCUGUCUGCUCAUGUCAACAAUUAUAAUCGGUGAAAGAUUUUUAAAAUCGCAUCUGGACAAUAGAGGUGUAACAUUGUCAUUUCCAUAGUAAGAUUUUUGAAACUCGGUGUAUGCGUGGUAUAAUGUACCAAUUUUAUUCUUUGUAAAGUCGCAUUGGAAAUCUUCAUAGGGGAAUACUUCAGCAUUUAAAUAAACCUUCAAGUUUUUAAUUUUACAAUGGUCGAAAAAUGACAUUGCUUUACUUGGACUAUUUUUCCUUUCAGUUUGAAAUCCUAUGAUAACAUAUCGUGGUUUUUCCAAUUUGUUGGAUGUUUUAACUUUCCAUGAAUGCGAUGUGUUUUGAGGUAAAAACGGAUAUUCGCACAACUCCCACGAUCUAAACGCACAUGUUAGUGGCUUUUGAUUGUUUACUACUUUCAACAAUCUAAUUUUUUCUUUGUCACUAACUUUUACUAUAGGCAUACGCCAUAAUAUUUUCGUUAUAUUUAUUUUAACGUCUUUUAGUUUAGGCGCAUCUGUGACAACUUUAUUAUUUGAGUACUGCUUAAUGGCAUUUAUAUCUAUCGAAGCUCUAUUUAAUAUAAGUUGUUGGUUGCAGUUUAUUAAAAUACGUUUAUAAUCUUCACAAAAACCGAACAAAUCUUUUAGAUUAAUACAACCGUUAAACAUAUUACUGUCAAUAAAAUCUUUAUUAACAUUUUCAAAGUCAUUAUCCCAAGCGGCGUUAUGGUGCGAUGUAAUAUUCGAUUUAUUAUAAGAACAAUAUCCUUUUAAUGUAGUCGUUAUACCUGGAUUAGCGAGUUUUUGAAUUUGAAUUCCGUUUAUCUCAUAUUUCAUUUCGGAGAAAAGAAACGCCAGCCCGUUGCUUAUAAAUCGAAUGUCAUCAGUUAUUUCUGCAGGCUUGGUUAUUGUUCCCUCGAUGUAAAUAUAACUCUCGCAUGGUAGAGUAUAGCAUUCUGUGUUAUGUAAAGCAAUACGUACUUCAUCGUUAUUAGAGAGAGCGGAUGUGGAAUAAGGUAAAAACGAGUGAUAAUCAAUUUGCGUUAUUCUACAUUCGUCAACGUAUCCAGCUGUCACAUCUAAAUAUGUAUUGUCCAUAUUAAAUAGCGUUUAACGAACGUAGAAACGCUAAAUUUUCAGCUGUUAGACUUUUUCCAACUUGUCUUCGUUUGGAAUUUUUCUUUUUCUUUUUCUUUAGAGUUGUUGUCUUGUUAGUGUUACUUACACGACUAACGGGUUUUACAUAUGCAGGCCUAUAUAUAUUAUAAAAUUGCAAAGCCAUUUUAUCACAAGUCCUGAAUUAAUAGUCGUAUUGAUAUCGGUUCACCUCGUAGAUCGAUCAACUCUCCGUUCUGGUUUUUUAAAAUUAUACUUGUAUGUGUUAUAGAUGUAGAAUUGAUAGGGUAAAAUACCAAAUGUGAUGGUAUCUCUAUUAUUUUAUAACCUGGAGGCACAUUCGGAUAAAACUCGUGUAUUGUAUGGCACUGCUUUCCGUUGUUGAAUGAGCCUAUAACUAGGUUUGAUUCGAUAUAUAUACAGUUUGUUUUUGUAAUAUUAACCACCGUAUCUGAUUCAUGAUUUACAUUAGCUGGAUAUUUACAAUUUUUGAAACCCAACAACUGACCUAAGUUAUUAGGCAUGGUAAAAUCUACAGUUUCAUUACAAAACAUUGUACAUUUUAGUGUAUUAUUAUCAGCUUUCAAAUCGAAUAAUAUAUCUGUGCCAUGUAAUGCAUAUUUUAUUGCCCUUUCAAUUUCUGUCAACUCAUAAGAGCCUGUAGGUAUUGUAUAGCUAACGCUUACAUCAUUAUAAACAAAACCUAUUUUAUUACACUUUUCGUUUAUAUUAGGAAUAGAAUUAUUUGUUUGAAAACCCAACAAACAGAUCUUAGCAUUUUUACUGACUUCUAUCGGUGGGAAAAAGUCACAAGACAAUUCACUCGAGUUACCGGUUAAGGUUAUGGUGUACAUGACAAAAAUUGUAGACACAAAUGUCCACAAUUUGUCGUAUUGUAUUUUUGAUGUCUGUCGUAAUUAUAUUCGAUAUUACACCCGUUGAAAUAUUUUUGUAUUUCUAGCGGUGGUGGUAAAUUUCCAAAACUAUCAUAAUAUUUAACUUGUUUCCCGAUUUUUUUAUACGCUACCCAAUGCGUUCCUGUACCGAUUUCGAGGUCCAAAUUAAUUACCGCCGACUCUUUGUGUUUAACUCUUAGAGGUAACUUGUCUCUUGAAAACACUCCUAUGAAAUGAGGUAUUUUCAACAUGCCAGCGUAUUUUAUAAUCUCAUAAUCGUACAACGCUCUAUCGGGUAACGUAGAAAUUAGUUUUUUUUAGUUUUCUUCACUGUUCCGCCUUUGUAAGGCGACAAGUAUAAACCUUUACCUUUGACAAUCUUAUAAGAUCGCCCCUUGUGUGGUGAAAGAUAUAAACCUUUUCCUAGAUGAAUAGGCGUGUUUUUACCAGAAUUUAAUUCAUUUACAACUUUUACUAUAUUACCGACGCCGCCGGUAAGAGCACCUAAUGCCGAUAAACCAGCAAAAAUAGGUAUUAAAGGUAAAACACCGCCCUUUUUCGGUAUAGGUAUAAUUCUCGGAGUUUUAGUUUUCUUAUUUUUCGUUUUUUUAGCAGCUGACAAACAUGUUUUUAUUAACUUAGUUAUAUUCUUUUCAUUCAUUUUAUUUUUGAUCGAUUUUUUAGCUGCCAAAACCAUCUGUUUAAAACCACAACCAGCACCCAUCUUGCGUUUAGCCUUCAUAGCUGUAGUAACCAACCAGGAUGCGGCUUUUUCCUUAAUACCGGUGUUUUUAGACUUAAACACUUCCCAAGCUUGAUUUUCUAAUAUUUCGUCGGCCCUGUGUCUAUCGGCUAGUGAAUUACUUUUUUCAUAAGCUAUAUCAUGAGUUCUGGCCAAUUCGUCUAGAUUGUUUAUACCUCGUUCACCGCGUGCCAAUCUUUCUUUUAAUUUUGUACCAGGACCAGCAAAUCUAAAAUAUGUAUACAACAAUUAGUAUAAUUUAAUUAUGUAAUGUAGUAACUUACCUAUAACCGGGCAAAUGUAAUUCCACUGGUAAAUGAUUUAUGGCAGAGUUAAUAAGACCGGAACCCUUAUUGUUGUUUCGCUUACGAACGGGAGACAUCGUGUGACGCUUUCAAUUACAUGACAUUGAUAUUUAUAGUGAAAAAUGCGUUUUAUCGAACAAGAGAAAAAAAUUCAAAUUUAUAACAUUGAUACUCCGGACGUAAUACAGUUUAGGCAUGGUGAGCUAUUUCCAAACACCAUACGUUCACUGGUGUUGGGUAGCUCCGGAUGCGGCAAAACAAAUUUGAUAUAUUUUCUACUCGUUGAUAAGAAUGGCUUACGAUUUGAAAACGUUUACAUAUACUCUAAAACGUUAGAACAACCAAAAUAUAAAUUAUUAAAAAGUAUAAUUGACGAUAUUGAUGGUGUUAACAUUUUUACAUUUUUCGAGAACGAUAAAGUCAUUUCACCAGAAAAAGUUUUACCAAACUCGAUAUUUAUUAUGGACGAUGUUAUCGGAGAACAUCAGAAUGUGAUAAGGGAAUUUUUUUCCCGCGGACGUCACAAUAAAAUAGAUAUAUUUUACCUAGCUCAGAGUUAUUCAAAAGUGCCUAAACAGUUGAUCCGAGACAAAGCUAAUUUAAUAGUAUUAUUCAAACAAGAUGAGACCAAUUUAAGACAUGUGUAUAAUGAACACUGUUCAGGUGAUAUGACAUAUAUACAAUUUAAGCAGUUUUGCGUUACGUGUUGGAACCGAGAUAGAUUUGCGUUCGUUGUUAUUUGUAAAGAUAGUGAGCGCGAUAGCGGACGUUAUCGAUUUGGAUUUGAUACGUAUGUAGUUAUAUAAGUCGACGCAUAAAAUAAAAAUUUUCAUUUAAAACACAGUCAUGAAGGAUGAAGGUACUAUAUUAGACGAGUUGGUCAAAGCUAAAGAAAAUAUUAAACGUAAAUUCAUCACACUAAAAACUGGUGAAGCUAAUGUUCAAAAA